ACCGACGCUGCGUCAGUCGCUCGCCCGUCAUCGCGCCGAGCGUAUGUGCAUGUAAACAAACAGCACAAAACCUAACAUUUCCCAGUGUUCACGAUGAAUAUGUCCAAUAUAACCAUCGAGAAAACCAAGUAUGACUGUUCGCCACGCGUGGAGAACAAAAGAUGGACGCAGCAGACGCCCGCCGAUCGCGAAUUGUCGUUGAAGAAGACCGGAAUACAGCUGGGUAAGGUCGAUGUGAUGUACUACAGCCGCAAUGUGCGGAACGACGCGUCGCUGGUGCCGCCGAUACGCCAGACGGCGUCGAUAUUCAAGCAGCCGGUCACGGUGUAUAAGACACAGGAGAGUAAAGUGAAGACUGACUUCAAACACGGCGUGCAGGAGAAGCCAAAGCAGUUGAUAUGGGAGAAACGUUUGGAAGGCCUGCGCGCUUGUGACCUUGACGGCGUGCAAUUCGAAGGCAUGGUCCUGCCCAAAGGACUCAAACCAGUCGGGCCGAAUGUAACCGAAGAGACAAUCAUCCAGAGCGUCGCCACCGCACUGCACGUCUCCGUGCAACCCGUCACCGGGCAAACAGGGAACAAAAACUCGCUGGAAAAGAACCCCGGGGUGUUCAUCGACCCGAAACAGCCGCUGGUGCAAGCCGUUAAUAUCGCCGACGACGACAUCAAGCAACAGGAGGAGCGCGUCGCGGCCGCACGGAAAAAACUACAAGACGCGCUUGUCGCUUAGGUUUUAAGUAUAAGUUUAAAAUAUAAACAUAAUUUGUUGGAUAUUUAUGUUAUUUUAGGCACUUUUUAAGAGAAAAUAAGAAUAAAUGAUUAUGUGAGAAAAGAAA